AUGUAUUCCCUGGACGAUUUCGGUAAGAAGUGGGUGCCCAUCAAGCCUGGACAGCAGGGCUUCAGCCGCAUCAACAUCUACCACAACACUGCCAACAACACCUUCAGAGUGGUGGGCGUCAAACUGCAGGACCAGCAGGUGGUGAUAAACUACUCCAUAGUGAAGGGCCUGAAGUACAACCAGGCCACCCCGACCUUCCACCAGUGGCGCGACGCCCGGCAGGUCUAUGGGCUGAACUUUGCCAGUAAGGAGGAGGCCACCACCUUCUCCAACGCCAUGCUGUUCGCCCUCAACGUCCUCAGCUCCCCCGACAGCGGAGGUCCAGUCGUUCAGCGCCAAAAUGGGCCCUCCUCAGAAGAGAGCGAAGCACAAAGGAGGAUGAUGGAGCAACAUCAGAUGCAGGCGCACAAGGAGAGGGAGCGACGAACGUCAGGAUCAGUCGUUUCCACUCUCCAAUAUAAAGUCUCCACCCCUCCCACCCACCCAGACACUCCUCCCGAGUACAGACAGUACAGAGCUAGCACACUGCCACCCUCCUACGUCCGCGUGGCCUCCUCCUCUCCUCCCUCCUCCGCCUCCAUCUCUCCCUCUCAGGAGAAAGAGGUGGGGGCUGCUAGGGACAAGGCCCAGCUCUCCUCCCAGCUCUCCACCUCGCUGGCCUCGGCCUUCUCCCCGGUCCAGGCGGGAGUGACCACCCAGGGCCGACAGGUCCGUCAGAUCCCCCUGUCUCCCCCCACAGCAGCCCGCCACCUGCACAUCCAGCAGCAGCAGCAGCAGGACAUGAUGCUCCCCCCUAAACACGGCACCUGGUCUGCCUCCCACUUGCAAAUGUACGCCCAAAUGCCCCCCUCCUCGUCCCCCCCUGUAAUGAUGGCGAUGCCGGUGAAGCAGGGUUUGCCCCCGCAGCCGGUGCUCCCGGUGGCUCACCCCCUCCCGCCCGUGAGCGCUAGGAUGAAGCCCCCACCUCUUGAUCCUAGCGCUAUGGCGGGCCCUCACCAGUACCCCCAGCACCAGCCCCACCCUCACUCCAACGGCCAGCCCGACGAUUCCUACUCCCCUCAUUCUCAGCAUCUGCCCCUCACGCCUCAGUACUGCGAGGCCAUCCCCCUGCCUCCUCUGAUAGGUCAGACAGCCCCAGGCCCCGCCCCCGGCCACCAGUACCCAUCCACCUUCCACCCUCAGCAGCAUCAGCAACAACAUCAACAACAACAGCAGCAGCAGCAGCAGGUGUACCACCAGCAGGCCCAGCCCCCCACCACCACCUCUUCCUCCUCCUCCUCCUCGCCCCCCUCUUACACUGACGGGGGUUCGCCCAAGAAGACCCCCUCCCCUGUCCCCCAGCCGGCCCCCAUGGCCAGCAGCACUGCAGUUCCAGCGCCCAUGGCUGGUCCGCCGGCCCCGCCGCCGCCACCGGGUCCACCUCCCCCGAUGGCGGUGCCCCCACCCAUGCCCCCUCCACUGCCCACUUGUGGAGGGCCUCCCGGGGGCCCGCCUGGGAUCCAGCACCAACCCUCAGGACUGGCAGCAGCGCUGGCUGGAGCCAAACUACGUAAAGUGCAUAGGGAUGAGAGCAGCCCACCUGGUUCUGGUGGGAAAAGUGACUCCAACCGGUCUAGUGGUGGCAGUGGUGGUGGUGGGGAGGGACUGAUGCAGGAGAUGAAUGCCUUACUAGCUCGCAGACGAAAAGCUUCUGAGAAACCGGAUGAAGACGACUCCAGCGGUCGGGGGCCGGGUCAGCAGAACUCAACAGAUGCUGUGAAGAAGCCAUGGGAGCGAUCCAACUCUGCAGAGAAGUCCUCACUGGUGUCCAGAGUGAGACCCAUCGGCAGCACUAGUGAAUCAGACACAGAGUUUGACAGGAUGAAACAGGAAAUUUUGGAUGAAGUCGUACGCGAGUUGCAUAAGGUCAAAGAUGAAAUCAUUAAUGCCAUCAGACAAGAAAUCGGCAGAAUCAGUACAUCCUAAUCUCAUCUGAGCGUGCAGAUGGAGGAGAAGGAGGAGAGCGACAGGAGGAGCUGGAGGAGGAUGGACAUGCAGAUGCACAGACACGAGGACCAGGGAAUGUUCUCUCAAUGUUUCUGUGACCUCGCGAUGCCAUGAUGCAAGUUGCAGAGAUGUUGUGCCAACAUUUAAGUCUGCUGGACAGCAAAAAAAAAAAAAAGAAGAAGAAGAAAGAAAGAAACUGAGAUAAGAGAGCAGGGGUUAAUGAGAAAGACGAGCAGAAGAAGGCUGGAUAAAGAAAGAUUAAAGGACUGAUAAACUCAAACAGAGGAUGAAGGAUGAAGUGAGGAAUGGAAGGACAUUUGUGCUGAGUUUGGUGUUGUGGUCCUCUCUGUGCACCUAGACUCAGUCAGCCCAGUGUUGCAACUCUUUGUUUCUCUGUUCAGUCCAAGUCUUAAGAAGAAAAUAUUUUUGUUUUCUAAGUUUUUACUGUUUUAUUAUUUAAAAACUGUGGUGAUAAUGAUGAUGCUGUUGAUGACAAUGAGUAUUUUAUUGAUAUUAUAGAAGGAGAAAGGAAUCUUGCACACCAUUUAUGUCAGCCUUUUAUAUUUUCUAUUAUGAGUUUUUGUUUCGUUUAUCCCUGACUAUUUGAUGAUGACAACAAGCACAAUACGGGCAUAAUGGUGCUGCAGACUCACCAGCCCCUCAGCUGGCAUAUUUAAGAGACUUUUUAUGACCUUGCUCAUACUGGUGUUGUGUGUCUAACCUUUUCUCUCCAGAGACGAUGAAAAACACGUUAAUGUUUGAACCGCAUUUAGCCACUUCAAUUACCUCUCUCCUCCAUAUCCAAGGCAUAACACAUUGCAAGCGAUUUGUUUUUUUUUUUUUAAAACGCAGCGACUCACACGGAUAACAGUCUGCUCUACAACUCCAGUGUGACCGAUGUUUCUCUCCCAACUGUCCAGAUGCGGUGAGAUCAUUGAAACUUGGGGAUCAUUCACAAAACAGGCCGAUAACUGUAAAUGUGCCACCUGGUUUUACCUAGAUAUAAACCAAUGUAGUAUUAUCUAUUAGUCCUCCUAUGCUUUGUGAACCUCCCAAGUAUGCAUGAAACUCCCCCGUCUCUAUGAAUUAGUUUCCUUUUUUUUUAUUUGGUUUGGGAAAAAAAAAAAACAUUAAAAAUAAAUAUAAACGGUGGUACAUUUAUUAUAGUGGUUUGUUUCUAUGAAGGUUCCCCUUCCUAUAUAUGAGAUGUUGAAUAAUGGUAGCAAUGUGAAAAAAAAUAAACAAAAAGGGGGGGUUGCUCUGGCAAUAUGCAAAUGUUACCUUAGAUAAGAAUGUGCAGAAGGUGAACGGUAGGCCGAUGUGAUGGUAGCUACGUGUGUCUUUGCAGGAAGGAUCUGGAUGAAUAUCAGUUGUUGCAUUCUAUCCACUCUGUCCGCUCUCAACUACGUUCUGAUUUAAAAGCUGGAAGUAAAUUCAUUCAAACAAAAA